AUGGUUUAGCAAAAGAAAGUUUGCAAAGGUUUCGUCGGCAGUCAUCGUGUCAUUCUGUCAUCGGCGAUUACGAGCCACUAUCAGCAAUUUGAGCCAAAGAAUAUGCAUACGACACGGUCUGACACUUCUGAAAGGCGGUUCGAGAUACAAUGUAAGUUAGAGUCGGAAAUUGCUGCUCUGGAAGCUUUGAAGGAGGCGGAAGAACGCAGCCGACGAUUGACGAGUGGAGUAGUGGGAAUACUCUCUUCCUUGGAAGAACGUUUGGCUACAUUACGUCGUACCAUACUUCCUGUUUAUAAUGAGACUGCAAAUCUCCAAGCUCAGCAGCACAAUAUAGAAAAAACCUUAAGCAUACUAGAUCAUGCUAUUGGAUACUAUGGUGUAUGUCAAGAGGUGGAAGCUGUAGUACGCGCAGAGCCAAGUGGGCCCAGUGGGUUAGACGGUUUUCUCGAGGCUAUGAAUCGUCUAUAUAACGCUCAACGAUAUUUCCAGAAAAAUAAUCCCAGCUCUGUCGAAUUACAAAACGUUACAGACCUCUUCUCCAAUGGCCUAAAAUCGCUUUAUGCUGAAUUUCACGAUAUCCUUUCUCGUCAAAGUAGACCAAUUCUUCCCAUUAUACUUUUGGAUUUGAUUGGUUCUGACGAGGACACCAGUGGCGAGGAUGCACCACAGUCUCUCUGUCAAUUACCUGAAAGCGUUAUGAGCGAUUUAUUUAAGAUUGCCAAAUGGCUUGAGGAAAGAGGCCAUUGCAGACAUACAAAGAUAUAUGCUUCUGUACGUUCCGGCAUUGUCUUGAAAUCCUUACAAUUGCUCAAAGAGCAUCAAAGGAGUGCCAGUGGCGGUAGCACCCAUGCCGGAAGUCCUAUGCCUAGAGCGAAAUUCGCUAAUCGGCAUUCUUUGGACGGUCAGGAGAACGCGGGGCGCAGAGCGUCGCGACGACUGCAACAUGCUUUGGACAAGGCCAACAGAAUGUUGUUGAAAGCAUCGCAAACGACGAGGCUGAAUUUGGCUCUGAACUCCGUAUCCAGGAAACCGACGCAACUUUCACCAUACUCAAUGGAGGAUGCGGCGCCCGACGAACAGGAAAUGGAGAAUUAUCUCUUGUUAGCAGCCGGUUUGCACAAACUCAUACAGGCCGAGCGCACGCUGGUCGCAAGGAUCUUAUCGCCCCCCUUGCAGGCUCAAGUGCUCGAAGCUACCGUUCGCGAUGCGAUGGACUUAGUGGCUCACGAAGGAGAUAGCAUAGCUACGCGCGCCAAACGGUGCAUCACGAGACGUGAUUUCUCCGCCGUUCUUGUAGUCUUCCCGAUCUUAAAGCAUCUUGGCGAAUUAAAGCCUGAUCUCGAGAGAACGGUCGAGGGUUGCGAUUACGCGCUCCGCUCAAAAUUCGCGUCCGUACUUGACACACUACACACAACCGGUGCUAAAGCUUUGGAAGAGUUUGCGGAGAGCGUGAGAAAUGAAUCCGGCGCGGGUUUACCAAAAGACGGUACUGUGGCAGAAGGAACCAGUAAUGUCUUAAUAUUUUUAGAACAAUUGGCCGAAUACGCGGACAUGGCUGGUGCUGUUCUGCGACGCAAUCUUUUCAUCGAUCAGACUACGUUGCACUCGAAAGAUCCGGAAAAUGUACAUAGAAUAGUUCUCGGUGUAUAUAUCAAAAAGGUACUCGCUCAGUUGAAUUUAGCGCUAGUAAAUAAAAGUGACGCAUCCUACUCAGAUCUUGCUUUACGAGCUUUAUUCCGGCUGAAUAAUCACAAUUAUGUGGUUAAUGCUCUCUGUCGAAGUUCCCUCAUGGAACUACUGCUACUGGCUGAGCCAAGUGCAGAACAAACGUAUCACGAUCUACUUUUCAAAGAUAAGAACAAUUACGUCACUACGACAUUCGCCAAAGCGCGAUCGUAUCUCGCAGACGAGCCAGAUCUUGCCGCCAAAACGUUGAAGGAAAAAUUCUUGGGUUUCACGAGAGAACUUGAGGAAGUAGCUAAGUGUCAGCGUUCUUACUCAGUACCCGACAGAUGUUUACGCGAGGAGUUAAGGAAGGAAUUGCAAGAAGCGAUCGUUCCAUUAUAUACUGCGUUCCAUAACAAAUAUCGUGGCACGUCGUUCUCGAAAAAUCCAGCAAAGUAUAUAAAAUACACGCCUGAUCAGAUAUCUGCGCUGAUCAAUACGUUUUUUGACAGCGCCGCAUAAUAACAGUAUACCAAUGUAUUGUACCGAAGAUUAUAUUUCUCGAAAAAAGAGAUUAAAAUAUUUAAUAAACACCCAUUUUUAAUAUAAAGCAUA